AUGAUAAUUUAUGGCAACUUCUUACUUCUGACUUCUGAUGAUGAUGAUGAUAAUUCAUGGAAACUUCUGACUUCUGAUGAUGAUGAUAAUUCAUGGCAACUUCCGACUUCUGAUGAUGAUGAUGAUGAUAAUUUACGGCAACUUCUGACUUCUGAUGAUGAUGAUAAUUUAUGGCAACUUCAGACUUCUGAUGAUGAUGAUGAUGAUGAUAAUUCAUGGCAACCUCUGACUUCUGAUGAUGAUGAUAAUUCAUGGCAACUCCUGACUUCUGAUGAUGAUGAUAAUUUAUGGCAACUUCAGACUUCUGAUGAUGAUGAUGAUGAUGAUAAUUCAUGGCAACGUCUGACUUCUGAUGAUGAUGAUAAUUUAUGGCAACUUCUGACUUCUGACUUCUGA